AAUACAUACCACACGUUUAAUGAAUAGAUUUUUCUCCAUAAUUUUAAUUUAUCAAAAGCGCAAACGGAGUUCGAUCAAUUCGAAUACAUAAUCGUACAAAAUAAACAGAUAGAAAGACAUACAAUUCGAUACCUUAAUAUAGAAAGGCUCUAUGCCACAAUUUUGUUUCUUCAAAUAUAGUUUGAAAAUUUAGCGAAAAGCAAAGUUCUACAGUUACCAAAAUCGUCGAAGUGCUGAUUUUAUUAAACAUAAUAAUUUUUAUAACGCUGUAUUAUUUGUUUUCAAUUUCUAUUAGAUAUGUACAUAUAUUGUGAGCUAUUUGACAGAUUUUGUAUAGAUCUGGAUUCGAAAUGAAAAUGAGUUAGGGCCUUUCUAUAUUAAGGUAACGAUUUGUAUAUUCGCCAUCUUUCGGCAGUUAAGUCAUAUGUUAAAGCUGCCCAUAUUAUCCUUAUCAAGCUUACUAAUUAUAUGACGAAAGCUCACAAAACGAGAGUUUUGAAUUAAUUUUCUAUAUUGCUAAAAAUUAUAUAUACAUACAUAUAUAUAUAAUAAAUAAAUCGUAAAUGUGUGCUCUGAAAAGUAAUUUCUAAAGAAAUCACCGAAGCGUGGCAGCUCCAAAAACAAAUAACGGUUUUGCAUCCCUAUAAUGUAGAAAAUACCCAAUCUAUGACCCCCAACCCACUCAACCCUCAGCUAAACGAACUGUCAAAAAGUAAGAUUAAAAAAAGUUUACUCAGGUUGAAUCAUCUUUAUAAGCAGCACGGAAAUAGUCUCCCGUAUUGAAAAACAAUCAUUGAUUUUCACAAGUCGCGGAAAAUUCGUUACAGUAAAGCGUUUCCUUAUUUAAAGCUAAAGAAAAGUGCACACUAGUAUUUAUAAUUUUGUUAAGUGUAUUAAGGCAAAAAAGUAAGAAAUGGAAGUUUUGUGGCAUAAGGCGUGUAACCAUUUUGCAGUGCCUGAAGAUGUUGCCAAAAGCUGGUACGCACGCAUAAAUCAACGUUUAAAUGAAUGUCAGUCAAAACGUUACUACCAUAAUUGGAAUGAAAUGAUGCAACAUAAACAAGAACAUCUGCAACACUUUAAGCCUGCUCUGCUGCUGGCGGCAUUCUUUCAAUACUACUCGUACGAUGGCAUACAGCCUUGUGCGAAAGGAAAUUGUGCAGCAUUUGAAGAAUUUUGUUGCGAUGCAGCGCUGGAUGAUCAAGAAUCGAAAAACUUAAUAUUGAAGCUUUUGGGUGAUAAUUCGGCUGAGAAUGAGCUGUCCACAACAUACGAAGAUGAUGCAAACUUACUGCAGGACUUAGAUCUCGUUAUACUGGCCGCAAAUACUGAAACCUAUAAGCGUUAUUGUCAACUACUGCGUCGAGAGUAUGAACAUAUGGCUGACGAAGAAUAUAAAAGUAUGCGCUUAAAGGUACUUCAAACGUUACUAAGCAUACCAAAUAUAUUUUCAACACCAGAAUUUCAAACGCGUUAUGAAGCUGCAGCUCGCUCAAAUAUGAAAGAUGAAAUAAAUACACUCAAAGCAUAAUUUAAAUAGAAUUUUAUGAAGGAAAUCACCAAAUAUUUUUAAAUCGAUGUUAAUUCGUGCGCGUGGCUUAUACGGGUUCUAUAUAGCUAUUCAGUAAAUGUUAGCUUAAACAGUUCUGCGCAUAUAUAGGUACUACAUUGCGUAAUCGUAUUGCAUACGAAAAACACUCAAAUCAGUAAUCAAAAACGAGACAUUUAGAAGUCGCAACUCAAUCAAAUGAAAGUUAACUUAUGUAAUUUGAAGUAUAAUAUGUAUUUAGUCUAAAGUUACUCGCUUGUAUGUAUGGAUUUAAAUAAUAUUUAGCUAGUAAUUAUGUAAGUUGCGUUUGUGGGCUGCAGCAGUUUCAAAUGCAUAUAUAAAUUAUAAUUAAUUUUGUAAUUAUUUGCAAAAAAUAUUAAUUUCCCCAUUAGUUCCUUGAAGAAAUAAAUGAAGAGCGAUCUCAAUGGUGUCAAAUUCAAAACAAACUACCAAACAUCCAACCCACCUGUAUAUGCAGACCGACUAACUGUUUUUUUUUCGACUUCGCUAAACCACAAGGGCACAAACAAUUCUUUGAAAAUAUUUAGUAAAAGCCUCACAUAUUAUGCGUGUAUUUAUCUAAUUUAAAGGAAACAAUAAUGUACAAUAAAUAUGUUAAAAAU